UGGGUCCGCGGUGGGGCGCUGCGCGGCGGGGACGAGCUCCGGGCCCGGCGCCCGGCCAGCAGCUGCCUCAGCAUGGAGAGCCACGCAGGCCUGGCGGCCACCCCCAGGGCACUGCCUUACUACGUAGCUUUCUCCCAGCUGCUGGGCCUGAUCGCGGUGGCCACGACUGGUGCCUGGCUCGGUCUGUACAGGGGCGGCAUCGCCUGGCAGGGCGUCCUGCAGUUCAACGUGCAUCCCCUCUGCAUGGUCAUAGGCCUGAUCUUCCUGCAGGGAGAUGCCCUGCUGGUUUACCGUGUCUUCAGGAACGAGACCAAACGCACAACCAAAGUCCUGCACGGGCUGCUACACGUCUUCGCGUUCAUCAUCGCCCUGGUGGGCCUGGUGGCGGUGUUCGACUACCACAGGAAGAAGGGCUACGCUGACCUGUACAGCCUGCACAGCUGGUGUGGCAUCCUCGCGUUUGUUCUCUACUUCGUGCAGUGGCUCGUGGGCUUUGGCUUCUUCCUGUUCCCUGGAGCUUCGUUUUCUCUGCGGAGCCGCUACCGCCCGCAGCACAUCUUCUUUGGCGCCACCAUCUUCCUGCUCGCUGUGGGCACAGCCCUGCUGGGCCUGAAAGAGGCGUUGCUGUUUAAACUUGGGGCCAAAUAUAGCACGUUUGAGCCUGAGGGCGUCCUGGCCAACAUACUGGGCUUGCUGCUGGCCGGCUUUGGCGUGACUGUGCUCUACAUUUUGACUCGCGCUGACUGGAAACGGCCACCCCAGGCGGAGGAACAGGCUCUCUCCAUGGACUUCAAGACGCUGACUGAGGGCGACAGCCCCAGCUCCCAGUGACGGCCUGCCCUCGUCCCACAGGGAGGGUCUGGCUGCGGCUGGCCUCCUCGGUUCCGGGAGGUUCUGAUAGGCGUCUUUGCCGUGCCCUGUCGAGGCCGUCUUUAGGCAGGGUGGCUCUCGGGGAGGGCUCGGCAGUGUCGGUAGGGACCGUGAGGGCAGCGUUCCCCCUCGAGCGCUGAUUUCUGGGGUUUAGGGCUUGACCUCCUCUACUUUCUUCUCCUUGCUGCUGCUUUAGAGUCCUGUUAGUCAUGCACAGACCCCUGCCCCUGUUGUCGCUCAAAUCAAGAAGCUUUGGGUAGAGUUUUGGGUGGUCAGGCCUGGUCACAAAGGCAUAGAUCCCUGAAGGAGAUGCAGGGUGGCUCUCCCCUUGAGGCAGCGGAUGCUGGGCCGCGUCCAGUGGCUGCAGAGAGCACAAGGCUGUGGGAUAAACUGGGGCUCAGCGACAGGCCUGGCAAGGCCAAGACUUGCUUUAUGUAACACUGAAUUCAAACCAGGAGUCUCGCUAGUCUGAAUAACACGGUGGUGUGAAUGGGCCCAGUCUUUGGCAGUAGAGCAAGUGAUAUUAUGUGUAAAAUAUGUUGGUAUUCGGAGCGAGGUUCCCCAGGAGAGGGGAGGGACUGGCCCCUGGGAAGCUCUGGAGAUGUGGCUUUGGCCCAGCUGUGCUCUUGGCCUCCCCUCUCUUCAGUCCUCAGCCCCAAGAUGCUGUGCUGGGAGAGGGACAGGGCACAGGACUGAGACAAACUGUACUUGGCGGCUGAGAGAAGGGGAAGGAGGUGGCCCCUCGCACUGGCGGGCUGGGUGGUAGGCUGGCCACUCCCUGCAGGGGCCCGGGCCACCAGUGCCCCAGUGUCCCUGCCCUCACAGCCUGGCUCUGACUCGAGGCCGAGGGCAUACGUCUUGUUUUUGUUUUUAAACAAAAAACUGCCCUGUUGCCCCCUUUCCCUUUCAGUGGGGAAGGCAGGGCCGCCUGCUUCUGUCCAGGAGGAAAGCCUCAUCCCCUUACCUGGGCCCAUCUUUGCAGGAGGUUGGGACGGAGUUGGAAUUGGGUUAAUUCCCCCCAGCUGUGUAAGUGUGUUAUGCUGCCGCCUGAGUCACUCUUUGGAUUCAGUCUGGAAGUAACGUGAUCAGAGCAUUGACCUUGUGCUUCUUGGACUUGGGGAAUGCUCUCUUCUUGUUUUCCUCAUUUUCUGGGCUUUGAGGAACAUAACAGUUUGAGACAGACACAGCUUACUUAAGUGAAGAAAUGAAUGAGGUUUCUAAGCCCGGCUACUGUUCUGUAGAUGGGUUGCCUUUUUCUCACCUAACCGCUGCCUUAGAGAAAGGGGCUGGCCGCUUCUGAUGCUCAGAUUUCUAACCCUCCGCUUUGCCACAGGCCCUGCCUUAGGCAACAACGCCAGUUCUCCCAGCAGGUGCCUGCAGGUCCGGAGCCCUCCCCAGCAGGGCUGCCCAGGCCCCUCGGAGCCUCUCCCGGCCUCCCUGUCCCAGCCUCCCUGCCUCCGCCGCAGCUUGUCUGGAGGCUACGCCGCGUGCUCCGCCAGGAAGGGGCUCCGUCAAUUCUUUCACCACCUGGCUCAUGCUGAAUAGCCAGGUAUUUUACAGGUGGAGAGACUCCUGCUUGGACAAACUACCAAAGUACAACUGUGUAUCUACCCGCUCCCCGCCCUCCCCCACCCCCCCGCCUCAGAAUGCCACUUAGAGAAACGGAACCUUAAAUUUGCAGUAAAAAUCUGUAAACUGGUCUGUUUGCCAACGUGUAUGUUGGAUGAUUAAGGAGGCCCCCUGAAAGCUGAUCCAUUGUGGUUUAUUUUACUUUGCCUGUGGCCAGUUGUCUGUGAAGUACAAUGUAGCGUCGGUGCAACAGAUGAUUCAAUAAAUGUCUACAGCUGA